GUCAUACAAAAAUGUCGAAAAUUAUACCGUUUGACUUUACGUCGUGCAAUUCGUAAUUUCGGAUUUGUUGUGAGAAUUUGGCAGCUAAGGUACAAUUUUUCGAAGUAUAUAAAUAGAAGUAUUUUAAUGCCUCUUUACUUUUACUGCAGGCGAGUAGGUACUUAACUGAUAAAUAGAAAAGCAUGGAAGGUGACCAGUUUUCACUCUGCUGGAAUAAUUAUAGUAACAACUUAAGGUCCGGAUUUCAUUCGCUUUUAAAAGAUGAGGAUUUAGUAGACGUUACCUUAGCUGCCGAAGGCCACUAUCUCAAAGCCCACAAAGCUGUUUUAUCAAUAUGCAGUCCCUAUUUAAAAGAGCUAUUCAGAGCAAAUCCCGGCGACCACCCGAUUGUCAUUUUACCCGACGUUAAUUACUCGGCUUUACAAAGUUUGCUAGAGUUUAUGUAUCAAGGCGAAGUUAGUGUUAGUCAAGAUGAAAUUCCCGCAUUUAUGAAAGUUGCUGAAACACUGAAGGUUAAAGGAUUAACCGAAAAUGAAAACAACAGAGACGAUUCACCUACGAACACCAACGGAAUCAAUGACAGAAAUAGCCCUUUUUUGUACGGGAAUUUAGACACAAAAAUAACAUCAAUUACGAAAUCUCCAGUGAAAAAAAUUAUUAAGCCCAUUGAAGCACUAAGAUAUACGGACAGUCCAAAAAUGGGCAAGAUAUCGCCGUCGUUAAAAUCUCCAUCAUCAUCUUCUUCACCUCAUCAACAACCUCUUAAGAAAAUAAAACCUCAAAUUCCCGUAGAUAUGUUAAUCAAUCCUAAAGAAGAACCCAUGGAUGAGAUACCGGAAAAUGAGGAGUACGAUGAGAAUUUAGAUAUGUCGGCUAUGCUCGAUACUACGAUAAGUGAACCAGGACGAUCUUCCGAAAGCUGGGUACCGGACUAUAAAUUUUCAACGGAUACCUCAAGUCCAGGUGGAUUACUCGUCCUGAAAAGUCAUAAGGGACAUCCGGUGUUAAUUAGCGAUGGCCACAUGUACACUUUAAAUCGAAAAAAUGGACAAAUUAGUACAUGGUAUUGUGUAAAACGCCUUAAGCUUAGCUGUGAAGGAGCCUUAACAACAGACGGAUUACUAAUUUUAUCGCAAACAAUACACAAUCACGCACAGUUGCAUGAUGUUAUAAAACGGUUACAAGCAUUCAGUUGUACUUAGUAAAACUUUUCUUAUAUUUACAGAGUGUCGCCAAUCUGGGGGCGAGUUGUUGGUGAAAAAUUUUGAAACUUUUUUUCUACACUCAUUGAAUUUAUCCCAUCGAAUCUUGCAAUUUUUAUUUGAAACUUUUUUCGAUAGCUCUCUUGGUUACUAAAAUAUUUGAUCUUUUUAAAAAUGGCGAUUAUCACUUUUUUCCAAUUAUUUACAAAACGAUUUGUUUUUUUCAAUAUAUCGCAUCGGAAUAUCCAUUAGCAUCAAAAACUAUGCAACUUCAGGAAUGGCUUUCAGAUACAGGAAUAACGCGACAGUACGAAUAUAAUGCUGAAAACUCGAAAAUUGGCAAGAUCUUGAUUGAUUUAUAAAAAGCUUAAGGGCGCCCGAACAGCCGACAGUUAGUGAAGCUCCUUUUUGAGAAGCAAAAUGCGCUAAAAACGGCCCCAAACCCAAGCACAAGUAAUUUGAAUGUUGAAGAUUCAUAUAUGACUACGACCACGUUUCAACAGAAAAGGUGUGAUUCCAGGUAAUCGUCAUUUAAUUUAUUUUGGAUUCAUACAGUGGCGCGCAAGUGCACUUUCGAAAUGGAGAUUCCUGUGCUUUUUAUUCUGAUAGUUUUAGUUUAGUUUUUGGAAAGAAAUAGGUACAUCUCUCAUAUCCAUGUGUUUUUCUACCGCCUUUUAUUAUAGAUAUUUACAUAAUAUGUAGUCCUAGCACAAUAAAUACAACAUUUACGCAUGCAAUUCAUUCAUCUUUGGCAUGAUUAAUAACAGCUUCCGUUAUCUCUUGUUUAGGUUGAUCCUUGUCACCCCAUCCCCAUAUUUCAUGGCUACCGUCACCGGUUCUCAUUACACGUUUCUUUAUCAUUUCUUCUGAGGCAGAUUUUAGAUCAUAGGCCCAACCGAUUUUAGCCAUUAGG